AUGCAGAUCUAUGGUGGUUGUAACAUAGAAGGUAGUUGUACACCAUAUAUAACACGGGCACCUUGUAAAUGUAACAUAGGAAAGUGUAGUACACCUAAUAUAACACAGGUCCCUGGUAAAUGUAACAUAGGAAGGUGUAGUACACCUCAUAUAACAUGGGUCUCUGGUGAAUGUAACAUAGGAGUGUGUAGUGCACCUUAUAUAACACAAGUACCUGGUGUACAUAACAUAGGAGGAUGUAGUACACCUUAUAUAACACAGGUCCCAGGCGAAUGUAAUAUAGGAGGGUGUAGUACACCUUGUAUAACACAGGUCUCUGGUGAAUGUUACAUAGGAGUGUGUAGUGCACCUUAUAUAACACAGGUCACUUGUGGAUGUAACAUAGGAGGAUGUAGUACACCUUAUAUAACACAAGUUCCUGUGGAAUGUAACAUAGGAGGGUGUAGUACAUGUACACCAUAUAAGGCACAGGUCCCUGUCGGUUGUAACAGGAUGGUCUCUGGUGAAUGUAACAUAGGAGUGUGUAGUGCACCUUAUAUAUUACAAGUCCCUGGUGUACAUAACAUAGGAGGAUGUAGUACACCUUAUAUAACACAGGUCCCUGGCGAAUGUAAUAUAGGAGGGUGUAGUACACCUUGUAUAACACAGGUCUCUGGUGAAUGUUACAUAGGAGUGUGUAGUGCACCUUAUAUAACACAGGUCCCUUGUGGAUGUAACAUAGGAGGAUGUAGUACACCUUAUAUAGCACAGGUCUCUGGUGAAUGUAACAUAGGAGGGUGA